GUGGUCAGAGUACGCUUGCCGGAGAGACAGACGCCUUAUCCUUGCAGUUGGGGCCUCAUUCUGUCUACCUCAGCGACCUAGGAGGGAAUAGCAUCUUCCACUUGAACAACCAGUCACCAAGUCACCAACAGGCGGCCCGAGAUCGAGGCUUCCUUGAGGCGGAGACCAUUGGCAGCCUCAGAAGGUGGCGCCAGUCAACUGAGGCUAUCGAGAGUCAAGCCUGCCAGCGAAUGCUGUGCAACCAGGCGACUGUACCGAGCGUCAAAGGAAAAAGUGACAAGUUCUUCCCGGCACCAGACCCUAUUGCACUCAUACUGCCCAGCCUCACCUUUGAGGUUGCCAGGGCGCCUGCUCUGAUACGUGGUGACGGUGAACCGCAACGCGUCACUCUGGGCAUCAUUGACACACAUCCGAGCCUUGAGUACUUUGCAAUGCCUAGACGAGUCCCAAAAGCCUUUCUUAAGGCAGAAUGCAUCAACUUGUCGCAGAUGGCGCUUCUCGAGGGUCCCGCAAAUGUUUACAUAGACUCCUCGUUUAUCGGAAAGACAAAUUUAUGUACUGCUUUCCGUGGGACCUUAGUAUAA